AUGACUGAUAAAGCUCCUGCCAAAUUACCCUCCUACGACCAAUUGCCCAUCGACCCCAAGUACCCUCCCAAGACCGCUUGGGGUUUGUGGGGAGAAGAUGACAAUUACGGCACACUGAACCUGUUGACAGAGGAACGAGUAACCAAUGCCUCUAAAUGCAUUCGCAGAGGCACUGUAUUUCCUCUCAACUGGAAACUCGAGUCUCCUCAGCCUGUGCUCUUUGGAAGAUCUGAAAUCCAGCAUGACUACAAGCCUUUGGUACCCGGCGACAUGGCAUUCGAUGAUUGCUACAACAACUUCAAUACACAAUCCUCCACUCAGUGGGAUGGUCUCCGCCAUGUUGCUCAUCUCUCCUCAGGACAAUUCUAUAACGGUGUCAAGACCACGGAAGUAGCUCGAGGCACACCUGAGUCCAAUGGCCGUCUUGCUAUCCAUCAUAUGGCUCGUCGUGGUAUUGCUGGUCGUGCUGUCUUGCUCGAUUACGGUCGCUGGGCAGCCAAGAACAACCCAUCUUUUGAUCCAUUCGAGAGAAUCGAGAUUACCGUGGAGGAAUUGGAUAAGGUUGCCGUGGCCCAAGGCGUCCAAUUUGAGGUUGGAGACAUCUUGAUGGUGCGUACUGGCUGGAUGGAAGCAUACGAGAAAUACGGUGAUCAAGUCAAGGAGAAGAUCGUCGAUCUUGAGAACCCAAGCUGUGCUGGUGUCAAGGCAUGCGAAGAUACGUUUAGAUGGAUUUGGGAUCAUCAUUUUGCUGCUGUAGCAUCAGACAAUUUCCCAUUCGAAGCUUUCCCACCGACUGACUGGGCCAAAUCAUGCCAUUCCUGUUUUCUUGGUGGUUGGGGUAUGCCCAUCGGUGAGAUGUUUUACUUGGAAAAGUUGGCUGAGGACUCUGCCAAAGACGGCAUCUAUACCUACUUCUUCACUAGUGCUCCUUUGAACAAGGAAAACGGUGUUGCUUCUCCUCCAAAUGCCAUUUGCAUCAAAUAA